CGCCUACAACUACGGCAUAUCGGGCGACAGGACUGAGAAUGUCAUCUAUCGAUUGCGCGACAAAGAGUUUGAUGGACUCAAUCCCAAAGUGGCUGUCCUUAUGAUUGGCACUAAUAAUAUCGGUUGGAAUAAUACGGUGGAAGACACGGCACAUGGCGUACAGGAAGUGCUGAAAGAGCUGAUGGCAAAAUUGCCGCAAACAAAAGUGAUCCUAUUGUCUAAUACACCGCGUACUGAACCAAACGGCUCUAAAUGCAAACAAUUAAAUGUUUAUUUGAAAAAGUUUGCCGAUGAUAAGACUGUCUAUUAUGUGGACAUGUGGUCACACUAUGUGAAUGCCGACGGCACCCAAAAGUAUGAGCUCUUUGUGGAUAAACUGCAUCCAAAUCAAAAAGGCUUUGAGGUCUGGCAGCAGACUAUGGAUCCAUUGCUCAAUAAAUUGUUGCAA